AUGAAGACUAUACAUUGUUUAACAGUUCUCGGUCUCUUCCAUGCUGUUCUCGGCGCAUUGGCGGGAGUUACAGCCCAAACCCGGCAAGGGACGAUAUACGGCGUCGAAGUACAUGACAAGGUAGAUGCGUUCCUUGGAAUACCAUACGCCAAGCCACCUAUAGGGGACCUUAGGUUUCGACCACCCGAGCCGCUAGAGGACACCCAUGAUUUGUCCGCUGUCCGCAACGCUACCCAGUUCGGGCCCGUUUGUUAUCAGUUUCGGUAUCGGAAUGUGUUGGGAGAUAACGUCGCGCCGACUACCCCCGAGUCGGAGGACUGUUUGACGCUGAAUAUCUUUACGCCGCGACCACGCUCCCCCUCGAAAUUGCUGCCAGUCUUGGUCUGGUUAUAUGGGGGUGCAUUUAAUGAAGGAGGCACGAGUGCCCCAUUAUUUGACCCCACGGGUCUCGUUGCGAACCAGCCUGGACUUAUCGUUGUUACCUUAAAGUCUGUACUCCUCUCCCUAGCAUGGUGUUUCUCCCUUGGGCGUAUUCAGAUUAUUUACAUUGCUGGCAGUUAUCGUCUUAACGUGUUCGGGUUUCCAAACUCACCUGCAAUACCCAUCAACCAGCAGAAUCUCGGUAUUCGAGACCAGCGAGCUGCAUUGGAAUGGUUGCGAGAGAACCUUGCUUCAUUUGGUGGAGAUCCAACAAGAAUAACACUCGGGGGUCAAUCUGCAGGCGCAGACUCUGCCGCACUACUGACUUACGCCUUCAAGCACGAUCCCAUCGUACAAGGUCUCAUCUUGCAGAGCGGCAUUCCUGAGUACAUCGGCCCCCAGGACGAUACUGUGCUCAUCCGUGUGGCAGAGAGCGUGGGCUGCAGGGAUGCUGCAAAUAGAGCCAACGAAUUGGAUUGCAUGAAAUUGGUUCCAGCAAAAGACUUGCACAAUGCACUCUCAAAUGUAACGUUAAAUCCAUUCGGUACGACCGGAGGCGCCCCGAUGGUCGACAAUAUAACCCUCCACUCAGCCGAAGAAUACGUACGACUUGGAUCGACUGGGUCGUUUGCAAAGGUGCCUGUUUUGAUGGGCAUCACUGACAAUGAAGGCGAUGGGGCCCUGAAUUGGUCUAACAAAGGGAUCAACAAGACCCUUUCGAACAUCCUCACAACCACAUAUUUCAACUGCCCUAUGGCCCAGGAAGCCCUAUUCCGGACAAAGCAUCAGGUUCCAGUAUGGCGCUAUCGCUACAUGGCUGUCUUCCCAACCGUGACUUUCUUUCCAUGGUUAGGGUCUUACCAUCAAGCGGAUAUCGCACUUGCGCUAGGCUCGUACAGGCAUCUGAAGCCUCACAAGGAGCCGCAAUGGAACGAAGUGGCAGCCAGUGAUUACCUUCAAGCUGCGUGGGCAGCAUUCAUUGAGUCUCCGAGCGAUGGAUUGUCGAGAAAGAUGGGCUGGCCGCUCUAUAACCCAAACAACGCUACCCUGGUCGAACUUUUCGCCAAUAACUCUCCAUCUGCCCGGUUCCGGGAUCCGGCCCAUUUUGAUACGGUUUGCUCAAAUCCGCCUGCAAUCCCGUCUGAUAUAUGGUCUCAGGAUCCUGUAUGA